GCCCUUUAUCCAAGCAGCUGAGGCAGAGCAGGAAGCGCUGAGGGCGGAGAGGGACUCGCUGGUCGGUUAUGGGAGGCGGAAGUGGGGCUUAAUGGGGAUGGGUCUCCCCUCUCCCCAGCACCGACUCAAUCAUUCCUGGGGGGAUGGCAGCCGUCAAGGGUUUCAGCAGGAGCGGCCGGAGGGACGAUGAGAAUGGGGAUCUGGACCGAUCGCUCCAGCAAAUGAUCUCGGCCAUUGUGGAUGAGAGGAAUCGCAUCAAUAUCCGCCAGGAGAUCAGCGGGCUGGGCUGCUUUAAGGAUGAUCGGAUCGUGUUCUGGACCUGGAUGUACUCCACGUAUUUUAUGGAGAAGUGGGCGCCGCGGCAGGACGACAUGCUGUUCUACGUGCGGCGUAAGCCUGCGUAUAUGGGCACCGACGGGACCGAGGGGAGAAAGGUCGAGGUUGAGGUCUAUCGAAAGGACUCCAAGAAGCUCCCGGGUCUGGGAGACCCCGAUAUUGACUGGGAAGAGAGUGUCUACCUGAACCUCAUCCUACAGAAGUUGGAUUACAUGGUGACCUGCGCUGUGUGCACGCGCUCUGACGCGGGGGAUAUUCACAUUCAUAAGAAGAAAUCUCAGCAAGUAUUCGCCUCGCCCAGCAAACACCCCAUGGACAGCAAAGGGGAGGAGUCCAAGAUCAGUUACCCCAAUAUCUUCUUCAUGAUCGACAACUUUGAAGAGGUAUUCAGCGACAUGACAGUGGGAGAAGGGGAAAUGGUCUGCGUGGAGCUCGUGGCCCGGGACAAAACCAACACUUUCCAAGGAGUCAUCUUCCAGGGCUCCAUCCGCUACGAGGCUCUCAAGAAAGUGUAUGACAACCGAGUCAGUGUUGCAGCCAAGAUGGCCCAGAAGAUGUCGUUUGGCUUCUACAAAUACAAUAACAUGGAGUUUGUGCGCAUGAAAGGGCCCCAGGGUAAGGGCCACGCAGAGAUGGCAGUGAGCAGAGUCUCUACAGGAGAUACCUCACCCUACGGCACAGAAGAAGACUCCAACCCUGGGUCGCCAAUGCACGAACGGGUGACCUCGUUCAGCACCCCUCCCACGCCCGAGCGCAACAACCGCCCCUCUUUUUUCUCGCCGUCGCUAAAAAGAAAGGUUCCCCGGAACCGAAUCGCUGAAAUGAAGAAAUCUCAUUCGGCAAACGACAGCGAGGAGUUCUUUAGAGACAGCGACGACGACGGAGACCUGCAUAGCGUAACCAACCUGAGAUCGCGCUCAUUAUCGGGGACGGGGCGGUCGCUGGUCGGCUCGUGGCUGAAGCUGAAUAGGACGGAUGAGAACUUUCUACUCUAUGCACAUCUAACCUACGUCACUUUGCCGCUGCUGCGCAUACUGUCAGAUAUUUUAGACGUGCGACAGAAGCCCAUUCUGAUGUCUUAGUGAAGGAACAGCGGGCGUCUCCACCUCUCUGGGGGCGGUGCCAAAGUGCCUAAUCGACCUCCUGUGAUUUUUGUUUGGCAGCGGCGCCACCUAGUGUCACCGAACAAAAUAAAAAAAACCUACAAAAGGACUUAACCCCUUUUUCACUCCUUAGAGACCUGUGACGAGCAAAGAGGUUAACAGGAAACAAACAAAAACAAACUACCAGCCAAUCAGAAGUGCCUCUUUUUGCCCUUCCUCCGGGGCGUAUGAAUAUUUAUAUCUGGCGCUGUCUCUUUAAAGGGGUCUCUGUCUAACGAGGAACAAGAAUUCGCUUUAGGAACAAGUUGCGGGAAUCGAACAAAGUACCUCCCCCCCCGCCGUGCCCCUCCCAUCGUAAGCGGAAAGGGACAUUCAUGGUGCACUACAACUCCCAGAAUCCUCCGGCAGCUGUCGAGGAGGCCGGGAGUCCCGAUGCACAUUGGCUCUUGGAACUGAAAGAUAUUUCUGCUUUGCCGUUUGCAGAUUAUUCAUUAAUCGCCAGUAUUUCGUUGCUUUUGGGGUGGGCGGGGCACAUCUGGACUCCUCCCCCUCGUUUAACGAACAACAAUCCAGCUGCAGCACUUACCUGUUUCCAGCUCUGCUUCCUGGUUCUGUGCUUAGCACCGCCCUCUAUGGGCCGGCCAGUCAACUCCAUUUUUUUUCGUUUUUUCCUGGUGAUGAUUCAUUUUCCAUGUAAUACAGCACUCCAUCUACUGGUCAACUCGUAACAUUGCAGCUUAGACUAACAACCAAAAUGGCAGCUUCCCUACCAACAGAGCAAGGACAGGAAGGACGUUUGUACCGGGAGUAACGACUGCGCUACUCACGUUUUUAUAGUAUAAAUCCUUGUUUGAGUGGGUUUUAUAUAGUAUUACCUUGGUUUUCAGACAGACGUCACUGCCCCUUUAACCCCUUCUUGGCGCUGAGUUGGGGGCAGGCCGACGCUUGAAGCAUUAUCGUGUGCAGCAUAAGGAUGUAGGUUCAACGCUAUUAAAAGCUUCUGAAUGUUUUUGUAUUUGUCAGUGGGGGGCGUAUAUGGGAAAAUAGGGGGCGUAACUUCAUCAUCAUCAUCGUCGUCGUCGCUGGUCUGUCCGCCAUCUUGAUUUUGUAAUAAUUCAUGUGCCAUGAAGACUUUGUGCGCUUAGCUGGCUUGUGGCGGGGCAUUUGGGGCAGGAGGUUUCAAAGGGAAUGUGACUUGUGGGGUGUUGUAUAGGGGGGUAGUUAUGGUAUUUGCCCCUAUGAGAGGCAACACUGAAACGUACCAGACAGAUACGAUAUUACACUGUGUAUAGUAGUUUAUUGCAUAGAGAUCAAGGGCGUCCAGCCCAUAGCCCUCCUGCUGUUUUUGACGGGCGCUGAGAGCGGCGCGGCUCUGUGGUUGCUGAUUGGACGUCGUAAUUACGUAAUAAUAUUUAGGAGCUGGAACAAUUUUCUGCUGCCAGAUGCACUAACGUCAGUGUUCCGCCAUUAUCUUGGUAAAUAAGCACUUAAAUCCCAAAGAAAUCCCGCCCCCAAGCCUAGAAACAGAAAGAGUAUUGGCCGACUUGUAUAUGUGAUCAAAGCUCAUGGGGGGGGAAGUCUUACUGGCUGGCUAUUGGUCGACACGGAUGGCCGAAUUUCACUGGCUGCUUGUUCCGACACCGAGCCUUCUGGGCUGGCACACAAGUGGGUCGGACUAGGGAUCAUAUUUAUAAACGUGUGCCUGCCCCUCCCCUCUGGUGAUGUCAGAGAUGGGUGGGGCUAUUUAAGUAAUAAUGGCUCACUGGAUCAGGAGAGGGCGGAUUAGGGUUCGGGCCAACCCACAGAUCACUGCUUAUCCCUAUAUUUUUGUAUUAUGGGUAACAAUCAGUGUUCUGAUUGGCCGUGUUCGGAUAAGUCCUCCGUUGACGCAUCCCUUGGUGUUUUUGGGCCAAUUGUAUGAUAUCCGUCUCUUUGGCUCCGAUUGGCCAGAUGCCAAUGAUUACUGACCAAUGUAUCCAGUGGCUCUUUCCUGAUCAAGACCCCACCCCCUUGUAUACAUUUAAAGGGGUACUGCCGUAUAUUCAGGACAAUAAUGGCACCUCCCCCCCCACGUAACACAGAGCUCCGAUUAUAACGUUAUUCAUCUGUCAUAUCUGUUCGACCAGUCGUUGGCUUUCUUUAUGUCCCGCCCCCUAUCGGGCGCUUUGUUCCUCGUUCUCCGUGUUGUGAUUUUUUUCUUUUUUAACUUAUUAAUUUCAGAUUUCGUUUUAUAUCUUUGUAAAUUCGGCUUCCGUGUCCCACGCGGCUGUCUGUACAGAACGGGCCGCGCUAACGGCCGAGGGUAACGAGCGGAAGGGUGUGGCCCUGCCGGAAUAAUUAGUAUUGACUAAGAAAUAAAGUUUUACACAAACCAAA